AUGGCGCGGGCGGCGCGGCUGCUGGCGCUGGCGGCGGAGCGAGCGGCGGGGCCGGGCCUGGCCCCGGUGCCGGGCCUGGGCCCGGGCUGUGCCCGCCUGGUGCUGCUGCCGCCCGCCCGCGGGGCCCGGCUCGGCCCUCAUGGUGCGCAGGGGGAGCCAGCGGAGGGUGCAGGCCGCGGCCGGUGGCGGCAGGAGCCGCGCCCCGCUGAGUGGAGCGAGGCGGUGGCGGCCGCGGCCGGUGCCCUGCAGGCGGGCGGGCUGGUGGCCGUGCCCACGGACACGGUGUACGGCGUGGCCUGCCUGGCCCAGGACUCGGCCGCCGUGCGCGGCAUCUACAGCCUGAAGGGGCGGAACGGAGCCAAGCCGCUCGCCAUCUGCCUCGGGGACGUGGAGCGGCUCUACCGGUACUGCCAUGUCAAUGUCCCCGAGGAGCUGCUGCGGGACCUGCUGCCAGGACCGGUGACCCUGGUGUUGGAGCGUUCAGAGGAGCUCAAUAAGGACCUGAACCCCUUCACAUCGCUGGUUGGUGUCCGCAUUCCAGACCACCCCUUCAUGAGGGACCUGGCACGAGCCUGCCCGGGCCCGCUGGCCCUGACCAGCGCCAACAUCAGCUCCCAGGGCAGCACCCUGACUGUGCUGGAAUUCCAGGACUUGUGGCCUCAGCUGUCCCUGGUUGUUGAUGGAGGCCCCAUAGGAGACAUCCAGAGCCCAGAGUGUCGCUUGGGCUCGACUGUGGUUGACUUGUCUGUGUCAGGGAAAUUCUCCAUCAUCAGGCCUGGCUGUGCACUGGCAGCCACAGUUGAGAUCCUGAAGAAGAAGUAUGGCUUGGAACCAGAAUCCUCCUAACCCUUGGGCCUGGGAGCUGGUGGAGCUGGGCACUGUGUGCCUGUGCACUCAGGACUGGGUGAUCAUGGCCUUGUUUAAUAAGGUCGAUGGGUUAUGUCAAGGUAAAUUAAAAAAAUAUUAAAGAAGAAAGACUGGAAAAGCCUUUUGGACCUUUUUGUGCUGCUGUACUGUUCCCAAAUGUCUGUUCUGUUAUCCUGGUCAGGCUUUGUGAAUACAGUGAAAAGUUAAACUUU